ACGUCAGAGGACUGUUUCUGAAAGUUUGGGACUUUUGGCAUUGUCCCUCAACACUAACAUAUUCCACGCGCUUACCUGUAUGGGACACUGUUUGCACGCUAGGUUACAGGAGGCGGGUUUAGUUUAGUAGUUGCCCGGCACAGUGACCCCCUCUUUCAGUCAGACUCUAUGACAACUUCCUGUACUCAGAGCACAACCGCCUUUCUUUUAUUGUUGCCCUAAACUUGUAAUCGUCACAGUUGGGUUUGCUGUACCUUUGAGCGCGAGAGCUGCAUCCGUUUGGAUGUGACAGGGCUUGAGUAUAACCAGACGAUGGCAUUUUCCAAACCUUUGUGGCAGUGUGUUAUUUGUGAGAAAAUAACGCAAUGAUGGCAUCACGCUGCUGUAACGUUACUUAAGGCGCUUUCUGUCUAUUCCCCGUACUGCUUGCAAUCGAGUCUGUCGACAUGGAGUUCGCCUGGGAAUUACAUUAAACUCCACUGAUGUUCCUCGUGCCAAUGCUGCGGUGGAUCAGGAUCUGUUAACUGCGGGGACAACGACGACGAGCACACCGACAUCAUGUCUGAUCGGAAUUACUGGACGGUGUGUCCGAGUUAUAAAAGUCAGUUCGUUUCAGGAGGUUUAGUCAAACGACCCAAGAGUAAUCGGAACAAGAGGAAGAGUUUGGCUCCCUCACCUACUCUAUCAAGACCGCUCUCACCCCUUCCUUUGCCAUCUGGCAGCAGUCCGCUGGACAGUCCCAGAAAUGUCUCCAGCAGUCCUUCGCUCAAUUUUCCGUUCAUACGGAGACCAGACACGCGAAGGUGGUCUGUAGCAUCGGUCUCCUCUGGAUAUGGAACCAAUCCACCCAGUUCUGCUGUUUCAUCUUCCUCCUCACAGGAGCUCCUGCACCAGCUGCCCUCCCAUCCCACCCCAGACGACCUCCAUCGCCUCUUCAAGCAUUUCAGGAGCUCAGAGAGUGUGGCAGAUGAGGAUGGACAGCCCUCACAUUUCCGUCCUCGCUCACGGAGUCUUAGCCCUGGGCGGACAUGUGGCUCUUUUGAUAACGAGAUCGUGAUGAUGAAUCACGUCUACAAAGAACGGUUCCCAAAGGCUACAGCUCAGAUGGAGGGGCGUUUGCUGGCAGUGAUUGCAGACUACUCCCCGGACAGCGCUCCUCCUCUUGCUGAUGGAGUGCUGGGCUUCAUUCAACACCAGCUGUUCGAGCUCGUCCGAGACUGCCUGGAGAAGUCCAGAAAGGGGCUCAUCACAUCUUGCUACUUUGUGGAACUUCAGGAAAAAUUAGAAAACUUCCUACAUGAGGCAUAUGAGCGCUCUGAGAGUGAGGAAGUGACUGUUAUUGCUAAACUCGUCAAGAAGAUUCUCAUCAUUAUUUCCAGACCAGCAAGACUACUGGAAUGUCUGGAGUUUGACCCUGAAGAGUUUUAUCAGCGUCUUGAAGUUGCAGAAGACCAUGCAAAAGUUGACCAGGGCAUCAAGACUGACAUCCCCCGAUACAUCAUCAGCCAACUGGGUCUCACUCGAGACCCCCUGGAGGACAUGGUGCAGCUUGAGCACAACAGCUCGGGCAGCUCAAGCAGAGAACUGGAUGACACUGCAGAGACUCGUCCUGGAAACACAACACCUCGAAGAAAACCUCUGGAAAGAGAUUUUGAGACUAUAAAGCUCAUCAGCAAUGGGGCUUAUGGGGCCGUGUACCUAGUAAGGCAUCGCGGGACGCGGCAGCGGUUUGCCAUGAAGAAGAUCAACCGGCAGAACUUGAUCCUGAGGAACCAGAUCCAGCAGGUGUUUGUGGAACGAGACAUCCUGACAUUUGCAGAGAACCCUUUUGUGGUCAGCAUGUUCUGUUCCUUUGAGACACGACGGCACCUCUGCAUGGUCAUGGAGUAUGUGGAGGGUGGAGACUGUGCAAAUUUGCUGAAGAAUAUGGGUCCCUUGCCGGUGGACAUGACCAGGAUGUACUUUGCAGAGACUGUACUGGCACUAGAGUAUCUUCAUAAUUAUGGCAUUGUGCACCGGGAUCUCAAACCUGAUAACUUGCUUAUUACAUCAAUGGGGCACAUUAAACUGACUGACUUCGGUUUGUCUAAAAUCGGUUUAAUGAAUAUGACCACAAACCUGUAUGAAGAACACAUGGAGAAAGACACGCGGGAGUUCACUGAUAAACAGGUCUGUGGUACUCCAGAGUACAUUGCACCAGAGGUGAUCCUGAGGCAAGGUUAUGGGAAGCCUGUGGAUUGGUGGGCCAUGGGCAUUAUCCUGUAUGAGUUCCUGGUGGGCUGUGUGCCUUUCUUUGGAGACACGCCAGAAGAGCUCUUCGGCCAGGUGGUCAGUGAUGAAAUUGAGUGGCCAGAGGGUGAUGAUGCAUUAACUCUUGAAUCUCAAGACCUCAUCACAAAACUGCUGAGACAGAGUCCCAAAGAGCGCUUGGGAGCUGGAGGGACAGCAGAGGUCAAGCAUCACAUCUUCUUCCAUGGCCUGGACUGGAGUGGACUGUUAAGGCAGAAAGCAGAGUUCAUUCCACAGCUUGAAACUGAAGAAGACACAAGCUUCUUUGACACACGUUCUGACCGUUACCACCACUCUGAGGAGGACGAUGAGACAAACGAUGAUGAAUCUUAUCAGGAGAUCAAGUUCUCUUCCUGCUCGCACCGCUUCAGCCAGGUGUACAGUAGCUCCGAGCAGCUGGCUUCUCCCUCCAACUUGAGCCUGUCCUCCUCGGAGCGCAGCUGCAGCGAGGAGAAGGAGGACCGGUGGGAUGGUCAUUCAAUGCUUUCUCCAGUAGAAACCCCCAAACAGCUUCCAUCUAGCAACAGGAAGCAGGAUUCCCACAGGGGCGGUCAGAGGCCGAGAGCAUCCUCCAGUUCAUCUCAGCCUGAGAGGGGCACUAGUCCUUUAAUUCUGAACAGCACUCAGAGCCUUGAGGCCAUGCCACGCUUUGCUUUUCCUGAGGAUGAGGGUCUGGUAUCAAAUCUCCGGCGAAUUCGUCUGCGCAGCAACUCCACUGGAACAAGACCUACUCAUCGCAGGGACCACAAGGGUUCGCACCGCCUCGGACUUCAUCAGGAGAGCCCAGAGAAGCCACGCUCACCAUUUACAUGCAAACUCCCAAAGUCUGCAUCCGUGUCUGGCCUUUCCCUCAUGGUCACAGCAGAUGACAUCCCUGGUGGGCUCCAGACAAGCCCCAUGUCUUCACACUCCCUCUCAUCCAACCCUUCAUCUCGGGACUCUUCCCCCAACCGAGAGCUCUCUCUCAGCGCAAGAAGUCUUCGUCCUCCUGUGGUCAUCCACAGCUCUGGGAGGAAGUAUGGCUUUGCGCUCCGUGCCAUUCGGGUCUACAUGGGUGAUACUGAUGUCUACACAGUGCACCACAUGGUCUGGAGCGUUGAAGACGGCAGUCCUGCGCACGAGGCCGGGCUGAGGGCUGGGGACCUCAUCACUCAUGUGAAUGGAGAGUGUAUCCAGGGUCUGGUGCACACGGAAGUAGUGGAGCUCCUGCUGAAGAGUGGCAGUAAAGUGACUCUGCAGACAACUCCUCUUGAGAAUACGUCCAUUAAAAUUGGGCCUGCGAGAAAGACCACCUCAAAGGGGAAGAUGGCACGACGUAGCAAAAAGAGCAAAAGGAAAGAGGGUCAAGACAGUAAACGGCGAAACCUUUUGAAGAAGCUGCCUAAACACAGUCCAGGGAUUCAAAACAGUCGCAGUUUCUCGGCGGGUUUUCAGCACUCUCCGAACGACAGCCUGUCGGAUUCUCCAACGCUGAGCCUAUCUCCUGGACCCAACACCCCGAGCAGAAGCCCAGUUCCAGACCUGUCAUGUGAUUCAAACUCUCCACAGAGUUCCUCACCCUGCUCAAGCUCUCCGAAUUCACCCAUUCCUCAAAGUCGACCAAGUUCUCUCCAUGUUUUGGGAUCCAAGAUUGGCCUCCGCUAUAGCAAAUCUGGCCGCUGCAAGUCCUCCAACAGUAUUCCCCCCUCUCCCCUCGCCUGCAAUCCCUCCUCACAGCCUCUGUCUCCACAGUGUUCUCCAUCUUCCCUCGCUGGAGUUCCUAAAAGCCUGCACUCGUUUCAUAAUAAGAUGAUGUCCCCGCCAACCAUCGUGAGACAGACCGUGUGUCCCCGAAGUGCAGAAUCACCCCGUUCGCCACUGCUUAACAGGGUUCAGUCAUCUGAGUGGCCGUCCGGUGCCCAACAUGGAGACAAAAAGGAUUUCUCCACUCGAAGACACACUGUGGAAGGUCCCCAGAGUGAAGCUGAGGGACUCGAGUUACAAACUAGUGACAUUGCCUCAGGUUUUGUGUGUGUCGGUGAUCAUGCUAGACAAGGGUUGUACCUGGCUGGCCAGCGAGUGAGGGACUCCGGCGGUGCGGUGAUGAGGAAGCUAAACUUGUCUGAGAGAAGAGAUUCAUUUAAAAAGCAGGAAGCUGUUCAGGAGGGCAGCUUUGAUGCCUCCAAUGACAAGGAGGCCACAACAUCUACACCAGUGCCAUCUCAUCCACGUUUCAGAGCGGUUUGGAGCAGUACAACACCGGUGGAGGGAAGCUCCCAAACUUCAGCGAGGAAGACCGAUGAGCUUGGAUCUAAGCGAAAAGAACAGAAGAAACCAGAGGAUAAGUGUUAGCCUUAGAUAAGACCAGAAAACUGUGAGACUCCGAUGUACGGGUGCUUCCAUUAUCAUUUAAAUCAAAAUCAGAGAAAGGAGGGGUGUAGAAAAGUCUUUGUUUAGUGUCAUUUAUUUUUGAGUUAGAAGUCAUUUACCUGCCAAACUGUCUUUCAAUGGGAUCAAAAUUCUGCCCUUUUUUUCAGCCUCAUGUCGUUGCAAACCUGUGUAACGUACUUUACUGUGGAACAUAAAAGAUGAUGUUUGGAAAAGUGUCUCUGUGUUGUUUUGGACCCCAUUGACUCACAGUUUAUGGACAAAGUUGUCUUAAAGGGAUACUCUACCCCAAAAUAUAUAGUUUUUUGUCAUUAAUCACUUACUUAUUGAAGAUAUUUUGGAUAAAAAUUGGGAGGCUUGUGACUGUCCCAUAGACUGCAGGGUAAAUUUCAUUGUCAAGGUCCAAAAAAGUAUGAAAGACAUCAUCAGAAUAGUCCAUCUGCCAUCAAUUGUUCAACUGUAACGUUAUGAAGUGGCGAAAAUAUUGCGUAUUGCUCAGAUUCUUCAAAAUGAGGAGACACGGAGGAGACAAUUAUUCAAUUGUUGAAUAAAGUCGUUAUUUUUGUUUUAUUCGCAUACAAAAAGUAUUCUCAUCACUUCAUAAUGACCUUGACAGUGUAACUUACUUUGCAGUCUAUGGGACAGUCUCAAGCUUCACAGUUUUCAUCCAAAAUAUCUUAAAUUGUGUUCCGAAGAUGAACAAACCUUUAUGGAUUUGGAACAACAUGGGGGAAAGUGAUUAAAGACAAAAUGUUAAUUUUGGGGUGGCGUUUCCCUUCAAGAUAUCGUUGGCAUUUCUGUUCCACCAAAGAAAUUCAUACAGGUUUGAAACGAGUCGAUGUAAGUUUGAGUAAAUGAUGACAAUUUUCAUUUUUGGGUUGACUAUCCCUUUAAGAAUUUGAUUUACAUGGUAGCACAAUGAACUUUUAUAGAUUUUGAAAGAAAUAUUUAUUACAUUUGUUUUAUAUGUGACGGGAAUAGAAAGGUCAUACAGUAGGAUCGCUUUUUGACAAUUUGCACAUAUAUGGUCCUGCUGAGGUUCAAUUGCUGUUGGUUUUUCAGUCUCAAAUCACAAAUAUCAGUAAUAUUGUCAUAUGAAGUCAUAUAAUGUCUGAGUGGUCAACAAAAUGUAGUUAUUAUAUUUUGACUAAUAUUCAUUUUGCAAGAAAAAAAAUCUUGCGUUCUGUCCAGUCAUACACAAUAAUAUUCCAGCACCUAAAUAAUGACUUGCAAGAAGCCAUUCAGCCAAUGUUGACAUUGUAGUGUGUCAUGUUUACCAGAGCAUACUUGUUCUCAUUACUUAGAACAAAAUGGAUUAUGAUUACUAAUUCGGUGAAAACCUUUUACUUCUAAUAUUUUGGAUUUGGUAUAUGUACUGGCAGUGUUGUACAGCUGAAAUCAUUUGACAUAUGUAAUCUUUAACAAUUGGUGUUUUGUAUCUGCACUAUAGCCUUCUGAAGUGUUGACGUGCUUGUUUGGUUACACAGAAAUGAUUCAGUUACGAGUAACAUGAGCUUUCUACGUCAUGGUUUGCUGAAACUGGAUUGCUUCCUCAUUCAUUAAUCAAAACUAAAGCGAUAGAAGACAAAGUUUAGAUACUUGCACUCCCAGUCUGACUUGUCUUUCUCUUCUUCUGUACUCCAUAUUAGUGUUUCACUAUAUCCUUUAGUUCACAUACUAACUUCAUUUACUUUUGUGUGGUACUGUAAUUUUUUUAUUGAAUUUGUGUAGUUGAUCUAGUUCUUUACACAGGAUUCGGAAAGAUCCUAGACUCUUGACUUAAUCCACUCAUGCUCAACUGUAUUUGUAAAGUCUGGAUUUAACCAUGAUAAAAUGUGUACAUUAUUUGCUGAUAAUUAUAUUUCGGUGGUUUUAACGACCUCCAUGAUCACAAUACACUACCAUUUUAAAUAAAACUGGGGUCUGUA